AUGGACGGCGCAUAUGUAUGCAUUGCUCACCGCAAACUGGUCGAGUCGUUGACUCGCAAGAUGACCUUGAAAACAAGCCUCGAGAUACGGACCUCGCCAUUGAAUGGUAAUGGAAAUUCAAACACGACUGAUGACUUGAUGGAUGCCUUGGCCCCCCCUUGCACAGGUCAAACUUGCAAACCACUGGGGCUGAACAAGUCGGUGAAACAGAGUGACCGAGUCCUGAGCCGUCGCAACAGUCUUGCAAGCCCUGCGAAUGCGUUUCCUGCAUGCAUGUGCUUCCUAUCCGGACAACAUGUGAAACUGGGUCGCCAAGCUGGUCUGUGUUCUCAGUUUGCACAAUUGUGUCACGUCAUCAAGGUGGUGCGGCUACGCCAUCCUGCUCAUGCGUUUGUAGAGCUGCCCUUUUCUUAG